UUGCGCAAAACCAACCCAUUCAUUUCGCACUCGCUCGGGAGCGCCCUGGAGCGUCGCUAUUUGAGGGCUUCGCACUUCUUUCACGCCCUUCGUAGUGUACUACAAAGUGCGUGUGGAGCUAUUUGGGAUUCGGCCGCCGUGCGGUCUGCAGGCACACGCUCAUAGUAGGACUACGUUAACGUACAGUUUUGUUGUGGUUUCGGAGCCGACUAGAUGCUUUGUACCUUGAUUGUAAGCUAAAACUGACAUAAGACACGAUGCGGGACUAAUAACCUGCCGUGUGUGUUAGUAAGCAAUGCUUUUGUGGUUGUUGCUUAGCAGUUAGCUCCUCGCUAACUGCCAAGCUAGCUGACCGCACCAGAAAGACAGGCGAAGCGGCUAAGCUAAGGUAGCCGAGAUGUACCGAGGACCGUCUAACCCAGACUACCGCCGGGCUCCUUUACACCAAUCCCCGUACGGUGCUGGACCACCCUUUUCGGACCCGUUUAACAGGCCACCUUUCCCCCCGCCGUACCGCGGAGCCCUUGGUCCGAUUUCAUAUCCGAGCCCGGUCGCCGAGCCUCCACCGGGGCAUCCUCCGUACCGAGGCCCCGGCGCCGAAAGCUUCAGCGGAGCAGUGAGCAGAGACCCGUUUUACGAGGCUGGGCCUCCAAAGCAGUUUCAACACAACCAGCCACCCCAGGGAUGGACAGUCCAACAGACGGACCUGCAGAGCCUGGAAGUGAGGAAAAAAGCUGAAGAGUUUCUCCGAAUCCUGGAAGCCAAAGACAGGCUGGAGCUGUCCGGUCAGUCUGGAGAAAAGAGCACCAGAAGGCAGAGCCAGGACGAUGAGAUCGGAAACCACAGCUCAGAGAAACACUCCUGCACGCGGAGCAAGAGCCGAGCCAGGAGCCGCGCCCGCAGUAAGAGCAGGCACCGCAGCCGAAGUCGCAGUAGGGGGAAGAGCCGUGCCCGGAGCCGCAGUCGAGGAAGAAGCCGAGCAAAGAGCCGGGCGAAGAGUCGAGCUAGGAGCAGGAGCAGGAGCCGGAGCCGAAGCCGAAGCCGUGGAAAAAGUCACACCAGAGCGAAGAGUCGCGCCCGGAGUCGGAGCCACAGCCGCGACAAAAGCGCGAUGAGGAGUAAGAGCCAGCCACGGCUAGACUCCAGUAAAGACUUUCAGUGGAGUGCGAAGGAACAUGGUGGUACCAACAGCAACAGAGUGAGUCCGCCUGACAUCGCAGUGCCAGAUCUGUUCCAGGGCCUGAAGCAGGUUCUGCAGAGCAAGGAGCUGGAGAAGCAUCUGUCUGUGGUUAAAGGCGCCCUCAUGAGGAACCAGAUCCCAGACGAAGCGAGACAAAUUCAAGAAAGCCAGCCUGUGAUGGAAACCUUCCAGAAGUAUUCAGAAUAUCCACAAAAGCUGUAUGAACCUGAAAUCCUCGCUGGCUUUAACCAGAGUGGCCUGCUGCCUCAUGAGCGGGUCGGAGAGGGUGCCAGCUCCUUCCCCUGGAUCUUAUCCUGGGACAAUCCCAGGCUGCAGCCAGAGGUCAAGCCCAUGUUCUCAAGCAUCGAGGAUGAAGAGGAGUUCCUUUACGGAGAGGAAGAAGAAAGGUCCAAACCUCAGGCUGUCACCGUCCCUCUGGCCCAGACCAGACCAGUGCAGUCCCCAGUGGAGACGGUGAUUUCUUCAGCAGAGUCUCCAUAUCUCACCAAGACGCUCCUCUGCCAGAACUCCGCUCUACAGGAGCCUAAAGCUCAAGCCGUGCCCAGCAAACAGCCCUUGUCUACAGACACAGCUAAGGUCACUCCUGAGGACUGUGAGAAGGUGAAGAACCUGCUAAAGACUAUCGGUUUGAACCUUGGCAUGACUGAUAUCAGUAAGAUGGCAGCCAGACUGAAGCAGAAACAGGUGGAGCACAGAGGGACUUCUCCAGCUUCAGGGCUUGCAUUGCUCAAACCAGCCCUGGAAGCUCUGCAGGCUUUGUCUAAAGCACCCAAGUCUGAUGACGGUAGGAGUAAUCGUUCCGGAAGCAGCCAUUCUCACAGGGAAUCUGAACACAGAGAAAAGCGGAGUGACGAAAAGGAGAGGAGGGAGAAACAGAUCCAGAUGAAGAGGAAAGAGUACCUGGUGAAGGAACUAGAGGGGCUGUUGAAGCAGGAGGGUUCAGGUGAUUUGAUCCCAGUAAUAGGUUUCUUUUGCCAGCGAUGUGAGGAGUUCUUUGGGGAUCUGAAUAGCGCGGAGGGCCACAGUGCCUGCCACAAACACAACAACACACAGAAGAAGGCGACGGUGGAUCAUCACGACAGGCAUAAGGACACCAAGAGGCAGGGAGAGCACCAACAAAGACCACCCCCGUCUGACUGCAGAGACAGAGAGAGACCACCCAUCCAGGACAAACGGUCAGCGGCGUCACGCAUCUACCAAGACUUCCGCGAGCGCAGUCCGGAGAGGAAGCGAGCGAAGGAGGAAAAGAGUCCCCACUCAUCUUCAUCUCACGGGACGGAUCACGACAAGACCAAAGCAGAGUCUGAGAAGAAAGAGUGCAAAGAGGAGAGCAGGGACAAAAAUGAGGACAAUGAGUCGCCCAAGAGCGAGAAGAAGAAAAAGAAGAAAGAGAAGAAAAUGAAGAAAAAGGAAAAAAAGAAAGAGAAGAAGAAGAAAAAAGAGAAGGCUGAGAAGGAUGCCGCCAAGUAAUCGAACUGCUGCUCGGCUGCGAUAGGAACACUCGCGUUUUUGAUAAAGAAUGUAGAUUUGUAAUCGGACCUCUGCUGUUUACAAGGAUCAGAUUUGUUUUUUUUCUUUUUCAUGUUACAAAUUCAGAGUUUCAUCCUUUGCUCAGUUAUUUACAAGCUGCCAGUUCACUAUUUUGUUGAAACCUGAUGAAAGCAGAAAAAUCCAUCACGAACCUGAGUGAACGGUUGCUGAUGCCAUAAAUAAAUUGGUCAGUAUGUGGUCAAAGUUUCUACAUAAAUCCCUGAUGGUUUCAUGCUGCUGAGUUUUACGUCCUACAUAGGAGCCUCUUUUGGUUCAGUUCUUGAAGAACCUUUCUUUUCCUUGGCAAAAUAAAUGACCGGUUAAUACAGUA